UCUCUACACAGGUCAAAUGUGAUUUAUAAGUGAGAGUACCCUCUAGUAGGGACAAGCCGCAGUCAGAUCAACAAGCUGUCACUGUUCAGCAAACCUCGCUUAUUACAAAUAAUGUCGGACUCCAUUAAAAACGUCGCGAUAUUUGGAGCUACGGGAAUGACCGGGCUGGCGACUCUCCCGCAAGCGGUGGCUGCAGGGUACAGUGUGACCGUGCUGGUGCGGGACCCUGCCAAGCUGCCUGCUGACCACAAGGCGUCCAGGGUGGUGGUGGGAGACGUACUGAACAAAGAUGAUGUGAAGAAGACCCUGGAGGGCCAGGACGCUGUUAUCAUCAUCCUGGGCACCAGGAACGACCUCAGCCCGACCAGCAUGAUGUCUGAAGGCACCAAGAACAUCGUGGAAGCCAUGAAGGCUCGCGGGAUCCGCAAAGUUAUUGGCUGCAUGUCAGCCUUCUUGCUGUGGGAUCGCUCUAAAGUGCCUCCCCGUCUGGUUCCUGUGACAGAGGACCAUGACAGGAUGUACACAGUGCUGAAGACGUCUGGGCUGGACUACGUGGCCGUCAUGCCUCCUCACAUUGGUGGCGAUCUUCCUCUGACAGAGCGUUACGCAACGGCAGAGAACAUGCUGAGAGGAAGAGCCAUAUCUAAACACGACCUGGGACAUUUCUUCGUCAAAUGUCUGUCCACCUCAGAGUGGGAUGGCAAGACAGUGGGACUGUGGGGAGAGUACAAAUAAUUCUUCCUUUACUUCCACCGAAAUACACUGCAGAGAAAAUAUUUGUUUAUGCUGAGAAUUACAGAUAAAUGAAGGAAUAAUAUCUGUGUAGAUUCACAGUAUUAGUUUUCUUGUUUUGAUAAACCACUAAUCCUUUUGUCUUGUAUGAUUAUAACUAAGCAACUCUUAUCUGACAUUGUUAUAUUUUUAUACUAAUUUUAAUCUAACACCAGCUGACAUAGGAGACAUUUUAAGUGCCAAACCUGUACUGCUGCUUUAGCUGUGAGCUGUUUACAUCACUCUACAUCAAAUCUUUCUUUUAACAUCAACAACAUUUGAUAUUGUAGGAUUUGUUCCCCAUCAUCGAAUGUUUGUCAUAUGAUACUUCCUGACGCUCUUUAUACCCGUUUGAAAAUAAAAGACUUUAUUGUAUAAAAA